AUGUCUGGCCGUGGCAAAGGAGGUAAAGCGAAGACCGGAGGCAAAUCGAAGUCCCGUUCGGCGCGCGCCGGGUUGCAGUUCCCCGUCGGUCGGCUUCAUCGUAUGUUUCGCAAAGGGAACUAUGCUGCUCGUAUUGGAGGGGGUGCCCCGGUGUACCUGGCUGCCGUACUGGAGUACCUCGCCGCUGAGGCAUUAGAAUUGGUAGGCAAUGGGGCCCGUGACAACAAGAAGAAUCGCAUCAACCCCCGCCAUCUCCAGUUCGCUGUGCGUAACGACGAAGAGCACAACAAACUGCCUUCGAGGGUGACGAUCGCUCAAGGAGGAGUUCUUCCCAACAUCCAAGCUGUUCUUCUGCCGAAGAAGACCGGAGGAGAGAAGGAAUAA